AUGUCAAGCCAGGCCAGUUGGAACUCCGUGACGGGCAUCGCGACCCUGUUGCUGGAUGGCAAUCUAGUUGCCAUUGCGAUCGCUAUCAUCAUCGCCUUCGGUGUCCCGGUGUUUCUGCAUGUUGUCUUCUACCGCACCGCAGCAUCGCCGCCGUCGAGCAACUUUCUCCUAUUGGGACCUAGUGGAGCUGGCAAGACUGCUUUCACAACCUUGCUCGAGGCCAAAUCUUCGCCGGCCUCCAAGAAGGCGCAUAGCACCCACACUUCGCAGACCUCAACUCUCAUCUCCGUCAGCCUGCCCCCGACCGUCCCUACCGCAUCCAACCGCUACCGAUCCGUCAAUGAUCCUUCUUUGAAGGAUGCCUCGAAGAACCCGAUCAGGUACCACCUGCGGGAUACCCCCGGCCAUGGCAAAUUGCGUGUCUCGCAAGGGAUCUCCGAGCUGCAGGCCAUGUCUACAUCCAACGAUGCUAAGACCAAGCUGCGCGGUGUAAUCUUCAUGGUUGACACCGCCGCCCUGGUGGACGAAGAGACCCUCCGGGAUACCGCGACCUACCUGCACGACGUCCUCUUGAUUCUCCAGAAACGGGCCUUGGGCAAGGGGAAGUCGUCUACGAAACGGGUCGCCGAGAUCUCCGUUCUUGUGGCCGCGAACAAGCAGGACCUGUUCACGGCUCUUCCUCCAGGCUCGGUGCGGGAGAAGCUGGAGACGGAGAUUGACCGCAUCCGCAAGUCCAAGACCAAGGGUCUGAUGGACGCCAGCAUGGACAGCGCGGGGCCGGAUGCUGAGGAAGAUGAGAUCCUGGGCGACGAUGACGGCCAGGGUGUUUUUACCUUCAAGCUUCUGCAAGAAGUUGGCGUCAAGGUCGAGGUGGUUGGCGGCGCUGUGAAGGGUGACCAGCAGGAGGAGUUUGGCUCUGGCGUGCGCCGCUGGGAAGAGUGGGUUGGCAUGUGCCUGUGA